CAGUUCAACGAAGUUUUUAAACUUUGAUGUGAUCGUAUAGUGUGGCUUUGUUUUGACGAAUUUUAAAACUGUUCCUAUAAUUUUUGAGGUUAUUGCUUAAUUGAUAUGUGGUGUUCUAUUUGUUGAUGUGUGUUCGUAAUAUGGAGUUUUGUGCAUAAACACUUGUGUGUAAAAUGAAAAAAGUGAUGGGAAUGUGGCAGAUAAUUCGAAUUUUUCUCAUAUUAAAAAUUAAUUUUAUUUAUGGAAAGCUUGCUGGAGAUCACAUUUGUUUAACAGAAGAGACAUUUUUAGUUAAUGUAACAGAACAUUAUGUGAAAAAUGCAACUGUAAGAAAUUACCACUGGUGUUACAAUGUACCCCCAAGAUGUUCUUUCUACACUGUUAAGAAAAUCAAUGACAUAAGAAUUGUCGAAAAGAAUGAAAGCCGAAUUGUAGAAGCCUGCUGUCCAGGAUUCAUAGAAAGAGAUGAUCAUUGCAUCCUUUCCUGUCCAAUAUGCAAGAAUGGCAUCUGCGAAAACGGGAAUUGUAACUGUAUUUCAGGAUAUACAGGAGAAAACUGCGACCAAGAUUGCCUGCCUGGCGAAUGGGGACCAAACUGCUCAAAAUUUUGUAACUGCCAUAACAACAAAUGUCACCCUAAAACUGGAUUAUGCAUAGAAAACACAACAACAAUGAUAUCAACUACAACAACAGAUACGACUACAACUUAUAUAAUCAAAGAAACUACUACUAAUUUUAGUAGUAGUACAAAAAUUGACGGCACAAACGAAAACAUAAUAGAUCAAGUUAUAAAUAGAACAACUGCUGAAAAUGUAAUACCAGCAUUUAGUACCAUUCCUACAAAUAAUGAUUUUAGUACCCAAGAAAAUAAAUUUACAAAACUCACUACAAUAACAGAACACACAGAAAAUCCUACUACAAAAAUGUAUCCUUCUAAAACAAUAGAAACCGCAAUUGAAGAUACAAAUAUUUUUCCAAAUAUCGAAAUUACAUCCACAACACAAUUUGAAAAAAUCACCUCCACAGAAAAAUCAGAUAUGAUUUUAUUCGUAUCAAACCAAACCACUAUGAAAGAAGUUGAUUUCACCACAAAAAAAUCCGAUUUUGCAACAAAUACAGCAAACACAAAUUUUACAUUUUCAAAAACCCCAAUAGCCACUAAAGAAGGACUAUUGAUUCCUGUUGAAGUUCAUUAUGAAAAACAGAAACCUACAACGUACAGCUCAACAAUGCAGGACAAAAAUGUUAUUUCCGUUACCAACGAAGAAUAUCUAAACAGGCAAAUUUCUAAUAAUUUUUCUUCUAACGAAUUUGCUCUCUUCGGUAUAACUGUACUUAUAGCACUAAUGUUGGUGGUUACGAUUUUGAGCAUUAAUUUUUUAAGAAAAAAGAAGAGGAAAGAUAACAUCAAGAAUGGAAAGCAUCAAGUGUCUCUUUUUUCUGCUAGCAUCUUUCAUUCUCCUUUACCAGAUCCACCUGUAACAGAAAAUCCUCUAUAUCUUAAUCCAAUUAAAUGCCAGAAUGGUCACAAUAUAACAGAUAUGUCUAGUUUUGAAACUAGAAUAGUAUGUAAUGUCAAUGGGACUUCGCAUUCAACGCUUAAAGACAUUAGGGAAUUUGAAUACGACCAUCCUCCAUCAACUGGAACCUUCAAAGCGGCGGCUAUAGUGCUAAAUCAAUCGGAAGUGAAGUCAAAUUCAUCGCAAGAUUAUGUGAUUGAACCUUUAUAUGACGAAAUACCACAAAAGGAAAACGAACAAAAUGUUUCUACAUCUAGUUCGACAUAUUCAGUUCCUCCUAUGUCUAUUUAUAUAAAUACUUGUGGGAGGACCAAGUUUUGAUAAUAAAACCAUUUGUUGUUUAUUUAGUAUCGUUAUUUAUUUAUUGGCUAAUAACAUUUCAAUUACACCUUA